AUGCCGCCUCGACACGACCUCACUCGGGAGCCUUGCCCCGGCCGGAUUCUGGAGGAUUUGGGCGGCGCGUUCGGAAUGGGUGCGCUUGGCGGAUUUUUGUGGCACUUUGCAAAAGGCUGGCGGAACUCUCCAAAGUAUGAGAAGUUCGCCGGAGGCAUGCUGUCCGGCUCGAUGAAGUCUCCUCUUGUCGGUUCUUCCUUUGCGGUCUGGGGAGGUCUGUACGCGACCUUCGACUGCUCUCUCAUCUACUUGCGCGGUGGGAAAGAAGACAGCUGGAACCCUGUCCUCAGCGGGGCCCUCACGGGAGGCGUCCUCAGCAUGCGCAGUGGAUGGAGAAGUUGCAUGAAAAACGCAGCCAUUGGCGGAGUCCUCCUCGGAAUCAUCGAAGUUGUUCAACUCGCCUUUCAGCGCUCGACGGGGGAAGGCCCAACGCCCAGACAGCAGUAUCGUCAGUACCUCGAGAUGGAGCAGGCAGAGAGACGCGCGGCAGAGCAAGCUGGCAGUUCUCCUUCUUUCUUCAAGCGAUUCUUCUCCAGCGGAGGUCCUCCGGGAAACUCGAACUCUGGAUCGAGCUCUUCCCCUGGAUCGAGCUCAGGAGGCUCCGAGUUUUUGCCGGAGAAACCGGAAGGUGUGUCUGUCUAG